AUGCGCAAGAAAGGCAUAGACCUGGACACUCCUUCGGAGGACUUGUUAACAGAGGACUCCUGGGAGGUGCUGGAGCGCCAUGCCCAGACUUGGCUGCGCCAGGCGCCACACCCGAGGGCUUUGCCUGCAGUUCUCCGACUUGGGAGUUUGCUGAAGCGGCGUGGGCGGCCAGAAGAGGAAGUGGUGAGACGCGCAGUGAGGACUGUCUUUGAGGAGCUCCGUGACGCAAGAUCGCCUUUGGUGGCAGACCUUGGGGCCUUCACGGGUGAAGCUCUCAGGUUCAUUGGCAUUCACACGGUCGGUGAGACUGAAAAGUGCCCUUGGCACAUGCUGGCCAAAGGCGAGCUUCAUCGACAGGCGAUGCUUCGCAGAUGGGUUGCCUGGAACAAACCCGAAGGCCCCGGCGACUUAGCGUGGUUAGCGUAUGACCUUACGUGCGGCCAGGGUGACCGGCUGCACUCGGAUGGCGAGGUUGUAUGUCGCGCGCCAAAGAAUGCCGCCGAGGAAUUUUCUCUUCUGGACCAGGGCAAUCGAUUCAGCGCAGAGCAGAGAGCUUUGUCAACGUUGGCAAAGAAGCUUCUGUCCAGGCUUGCUGAUGACAGCAGCCAGUGCCUGAAGGUUAACGGGGUCCUGAUGCUCUGUACACCUUCACCACCAGAGACAUCAAGCAUUUGUGCCAUGCAGCAGUUUCUGCAGCUCUUCCCCUGGGUCGAGAUGCAUCUUGCCUUCGGCGAUCCGGUGGAUUUGAGUCGCGCAGGAGAAAUUCACAGGAUUGGGUGCAAGGACCAGGACAAGGGCAAGCAUGUGAAUGGGACUUGCAAUGGUCGAUCUUGA